GAGAUCGCCACACUGCCACCGUUGCUGCCUGCCACCGAGGCCCCAUCACUUGGCUCAGCAGCCGAGACGCGUCUGUUCCGAGCAGGUCGUUCAUAACGUGCGUCGUUGCGUUCCUUGAAAGCCUUUCCCCCGUAGGCAGAGCCUACUCGGCCUCUUCAUUUUUCGUUCGUUCUGUUCACGUUUCCUUUUCGUCGUCUCUCACUGGUUGUAUCUAGUCUGCUGGACUUUGACAGUCCGUUCCUCUCUCUGAUCGUCUUCUCUUCGGGUCUGGUAUUCCGCUAGUUCAGCAACGAUGGAUACGAACAAGAUGCUCUUUAUCAGGCUGAAGUCCAUGUUAGCGCGCAUCACGCUCACCCCGCACACGCUCGCGUUCUUCCUGCUGAGCGUCAUCCACUGCGUCGCGCAAGGCCUCACCGCGGCAUUCAUAUACUCGGAGGACGCGAGCUCGUUCAAGUUUGUCAACGACGUCGUGCGGACGGCCGACGUUCCCAACAACGAAGUCGCGCGUUUGUUCCGGAACGGGGAUAACCUAGAGCUCAGACUUUGCACCGCGGUCCCGAUCGGGACCGUGUUCAAGGACUGCGAGACGAUCUACACGACGGACCCCCAUGUGAGCUACAACGUGAGCGGGUCGCUGGUGACGAGGUUUCUAGAGGACGUGGAGGAGAGUCGGUAUUCGGCACUCGUCCGACGGGCUCCUGACGCGUCUUCGUUGGUACCCGUGAAGGACUCGAAUGGAAAUGUGACUGGUGUAGAGCUCACAUACAACGGGAACAAGCAAGUGACGUUCUCGAAGACUUGCGCGCGCAUGCUCGAGUACCCGCAGCGAAUCCUCGACAACUCACGCAGGGAAGACCUUGCCUUGAUUGCCUCACAAUUCUGGCUGCUGGGAAUAUCAACGUUCGGCAUCCUAUACAACUCUAUCCCACAUAUCUGGGCGGUCUUGUUCGCUCGUGUGCUGCAAAGCGGCUGGGCGAUUUACACGCUCUGGCGGACGUUCGACGUGCAGUUCCGAUACCAGAAGCUCAUCCUGGACGCGGCCACUCCAUGCCACUUCGACGUGCUCCCGCAGUACUUCUCGACCCGCGUCGCGCUCCAGAUCCCUGAGCUCGUGCUACACCUCACCGCGCUGUGCUCUACGUCAUUCCUCGCGCUGCGAAUAGUGAAGGGCUACAGAAUUUCCACCGUGCGCCGCGUCGAUCCUCCCCCAGGUGUGAUGCGGUUGUACAGAUACUUCCUGAUCAACAGCAUGUUUGUCGAGCUGUCGCUCUUCUUCACGCUCACCGCCACCAGUCUCUGGCUGGACCAGUUGCGGAACAGCUCUAUCGCAAUGCUCGCAAUGCGCCCUGGGCUCUAUUACGCUCUCAUAAUCGUCACGAUUGUGACGAUCGUUCCUUGGAUGGUCAUGGGAUGGUUCGCCAUCCGCCGCGAACUCAAGUAUCUCAUGGCCUGCUUCACGUUCCUCACGUUCGCCUACGUCCUCUUCUGGGGCGUCAUGUUCGACGCCAAAGUCUACGUCUGGACGUUCAUCGAGUGGCCCUUCUUCGCCUCCAUGGUCGUCGUCUCCUUCCUCGUCCAGUGCGGGGCGGGCGUCUUCGGCGUCGUCUCCUGGCUCGGCUUCGGCAAGGGCCUUGCGCACUACCUCCACGUCGAGCAGGUCCUGCUCGAGUCCGACUUCGACGCGGACGUUUUCUCGAACGACCCGGAGAAGGCGCCCGCGAGCGGGGCGUCAAGCCCUGUGCAGCAACGCGCGCCGAGCGCGCUGAGCAUGCUGAGCGGUGAGGGCGGGGUGAGCGUGGUGAAGAAGGACACGAACUGGGACUUCGCGGACGUGAGCCGUCCACCGAUUUACAUGGUCGACGUGCAGACGACGAAGCGGGGCUCGGGGAGCGUGGACAGUUUGCGAUAGCGGUAGCAGACGGAAGUGGAGAUGGUGGUAUGACACUGGGAACGUUCUACUUAUUUGGUAAUUUUCGACCGGCCACUGCUGGUUGUCCUCGAGUCGUGUUGACAAUCGUAGGUCUUCCUUCUGCUCUGUUCGCCGUCUUCUUGUGAAAGUCGAUGACGUACGCAGGUGUACAUUCCUCGCCUGAUGAAGGCAAAAGGCAUAUGGAACUUGCAUGUUCCGU